AUGGGCAGUUCUCAAUCCUCUUCCAGCUCUUCCCCUUCUAGAUCUUCCCCUUCUAGCUCUUCCUCUUCUAGAUCUUCCCCUUCUAGCUCUUCCCCUUCUAGAUCUUCCCCUUCUAGCUCUUCCUCUUCUAGAUCUUCCCCUUCUAGCUCUUCCCCUCCCUCUUUCUUAACAUCUGAAAAAAAUUCCUUCUGUUCAAACGGUUAUCAGUGCGAUGAAAAAGCUUGGUAUGCCUUCAUAAAAAACAAGCUCAUUGAACUAGAAACGUUUGAAAACGAAAAAUACAUCUCUUUACUCACAGAGUUGGAGAUCAAAAAUCAAGAAGGGCUUCAUGAACUUAUCUACCAACUUGGAGAUGCAGAUCUAUUCUUCGAAAAAUUUCUUAAGCCUAAAAUAGAAGAAUCUGAAAAAUUAUUGAGAAGGAUAAACGCGGAUGUCCGUGCAUUAAGUGACUUUCGUGAUAUGCCCGAAGACUCGAAGGAAAUGUCGUUGAGAAACGCGCGAGAAUACAGGAGAGAAAACAAAAAAUAUAAUGUUUAUCUAUUAAUCGAAAAAACGGAUUUUAGCGAAAUUCUCCAAAGCCUUGCUCCAGUUAUGAAAUAUGGAAUAUUUCAUGUAGGACUGGAAAUAGAUGGUGUCAUCAUAGAAUGGGGCUGUGGUCCUGCAGGCCAAAGCAUCGUGUAUCCAAGAGUUGAUGAAAGAAGAAUGCUGGCCUAUAUACGAUUAAACUACAAAAGAAUGAAUCGCGACAGCGUCAUUAUGAGUGCUUGUAAUAAAAAUAUAAGUAACAUUAUCAAUAAUUUGGGAAUCGGGUGUAUAAUUACCUUUGUAUUAGAGCUUUUAGGUCUUAUAUAUAGGUUUUUCUACCAUUUAGGAAACAUAAAGGAGGACAAAUUAAAAAUUAUUGCUGAAAGAUGUGUUUAUUACAAUAAGACUCAUAAUUAUCACUUUCUCCGGAAUAAUUGUCAACAUUUUUUGGAUCAGAUCUUAAUAGCCAUUGGCUUAGAAUUCAAACCAGAAGGGGAGUUCAAAAAAUUCAUGGACAGGAUCAAAUACAAGGGCGAUGGUGCGUUCCGAUUCAAAGAUGCUGUAUUUAAAUCAAGAAUGGAACUUGACAGAUACGCAGACGCUCACUGGAAUAGUCUUGACAACGAAUGGGAUAAGAAGUUGCUUAUAUGUUUUUCGGACAUGAUGGAACGCAUGUAUGAACGUGGUAUAGAAGUGUGGGGUCCUAUGGAUUUAGUGAAUUUUGAAAAGUGGGAAAGAAGAUAUGAAGACUUAGAAGCGUUGGGUUGA